AGCACAGGUGAUUACGCAAAAUGAUAAAUGAUAAGAUAACGAACCCAUACCUUAUAGAUAACUCAUUGACUACUUACUCACUAGUUUGAACAUGAAGUUUUUGUUUGUACACAUUUAGAAAAAUGGAAAAUCCAACUCUUACCGACGCCAGACAGACCGACAGGGUCGAAAACCGGACAGAAGAUUUACAUCUGGACAGGGUUGUCGCUUCACAGCCAGAAAUUGGACCAACGCCACCUGACGGUGGUUACGGUUGGUUGAUAGUUGUAUCUGCGGUGAUUUACCACAUAACAGUGCCUGCAGUGUUAACAUUGUACGGAUUAAUCAUAUUGAAGGCGAUCAGAGAAGAGGGCCAUGAAAAAGAAGAAUUGUUGAAAAUAUGGGACGUAGACAUAGCUCUCGUACCAGUAAUUAUGGUUGUCAUAAGGUUACUCUUGGAGUCAUGGUGUCGAGCGAUCGUGAAGAUAUUCAACAUGCCGAGGUUCAUGGCGCUUGCCGGCUUAUGCCUGACGGUAGCCGGCAUUCUGCUCUCUAGCUACUCCACUGAUGCCACAACCAAUGACCACAUUGUGAAUAUAUUCUCUGGCAUAUUCGCAGGUAUCGGCUGCGCAUUAACGGGUCAGCAAACAGAGGUCAUCAUAACACACUUCUUCAGGGAAAAACUGACCAUGGCUCAGAGGAUAGUCCGGAUGGCUCCUUCAGUAGGAAAUUGCUUGAUACCAAUACUAGUCGGCUAUCUUUGCACGGUAUACACUGGCGACAUUGUAGUCAUGAUCUACGGUGCUAUUGUGAUGCAAAACUGUCUGUUUUUGGCCUCAUACACUCGUCCUAUUUACAUCGAGAAAGUUAUCCGACACACUUACAAUAUGCUAAGAGAGGCAGUUGAAGACGAAGAUGAAGUUAUAUUUUCUAAUCAAGCUCGUGUUUCGAAUGAGAGGCAACAGUCAAGACAAACGAAUAACAGUUCGAUUAAUAACGAGCCAUUACCUAGCAAUGCGCAAGAGGACGACGGUACAGAUGUUGUUGUAUUCAAAUCAAAUAAAAACGCUAAAGAAAUCAUCGAUCCUGUCAUCCAACAUAGAGAAAAUAUUAAUCAAGCACGAUUUUCUUCAGAUUUCACUAGCAUGGUUGAAGGUGGCAAUACGAAUCGAUUCUCUUCCGACUUUGGAAACUCGAACAGGUUCUCAAGUAACUUUGGAUCACUAGAGAUAGGUGAUUACGAAAGAGUAACCGGUUACCAAGAACUGGCCAGUAUUGAAAACGACAGUCAGAAUCCACAACCACUUUAUAGGGAGACUACAGUUGAAGCAGUUCAGAAUAACUUGGUUUUUGCUGUGGAAAUGACCCCUGGGACGGCUAGAAGAACUGCCUCAAUGAAAAAGAACUUUAUAACUAUCACGAACAUGUUACUCGAUGUGAACUUUUAUUUAUACGCCUUACUGCAUUUGUGUACUACGUUCUCUAUCAUGAUUUUGGGCGUCGUAUUCCCGCCGUUGAUAUGGGAACAAAAUCCGAACAUGAAUAUUUGGUCGGUGUCAACGCUAAUAGCUGCGGCACACGGAUCAGCGCUGUGUUUCAUAAUGCUUUGCGUUGUGCUCCCGAAAUCCAUCAAUGAAAAGGCGAGACUUUGUGCCGCAUUUUGCGUUGCUGGAGCUGUAGGAUUUUAUGGUAUUACACUAUCCAAUAGUAAAAGUCUACUAGUCGUUUGGUGCAUGCUAGCUAGCUUCUCAACAGCCGCCUCGAGCAUCCUCGAGCAGCCCCUGUACAACAGCACGCUCAAUGACUUUGACACUACCGCGACGAUGACAGCUUCCAACACGGUUGUCGCCAUUUUCAUUAUGAUUUGGUCAUUAUCGUUUAAUUACGAAUAUAAAACAUGUUUCUUAACAGCUAGUGUGCUUCAAACUGUGACCGCUUGUAUGUUUUUCGCGUUAUCUUUUAGAAGAAGAAGAUAAUAUUGUGAGAAUAUAAAAUAAAAUAAAACUAUUAUUA